GUAGUUUGCUAGUUAGUAGGUAGUAGUAGACAUGGCUACACCACCUGCCCCUACUCCUGUACUGGAGUGGCCGGACUACAACACCACGCCGACUGGAGGUGACCCACUGACUACCGAUCUCAACGCUCCGUAUGACAAAGGCGACCUAUGCUGGAUGCUAGUCAGCACAGUACUGCAAAUCACCCCAGCAAUCGGCUUCCUGUACGCGGGCAUGCACCGCCGCAAAGCCGCCAUGACGAUGAUUUUCCAGUCCCUCUUCUGCGCCUGCGCAGCCGGAAUCCAGUUCUGGGUCUAUGGCUACUCGCUGUACCAAUCGCACACUUCGGGUCCGUUUAUCGGCGACCUGUCCAAAGCAGGCCUGCAUACUGUGCUCGGGUACCCCUCGCUGGCCAAUGCCGACAUCCCGGAUAUCCUGUAUGCGUGCUUUGGGUUCACGUUUGUUACGGCUACGGCGAUGAUUCUGGCGGGAGCGAUGCUGGAGCGCGGCCGCUUGGGGCCGUCGAUGAUCUUCUUGCUGUGCUGGACGACGUUUGUCUACUAUAUCCUUGCGUAUGCAGAGUGGAAUCCUAGUGGCUGGUUGUAUCAGCUGGGUGUGCUGGAUUUUGCGGGUUCGGGUCCUGUCCAUAUUGCGUCGGGUUUUGCUGCGCUCGCGUGGGCCAUUAUGCUGGGCCCGCGUGUGGAUCCCCAUAAGGAGUCGCUGCACGCGCGCAUGCCACAUUUCAGGCCGCAUAGCCCGUUUUUGAUUGGGCUGGGCACGGUUUUUAUUUGGUUUGGGUGGUUUGCGUUUAAUGGUGCUUCGACGGCAAAUCUGUCUAUCCGAUCCAUCUACAUUGUCUGCAACACCAAUCUCGCUGCUUCUGGCGGCGGCCUCGCCUGGGUCGCACUGGAAUACCUUUUCACGCGUAAAUUCUCCAUCAUUGGAUUCUGCUCCGGCAUCAUCGCGGGUCUCGUCGGCAUCACACCAGCCUGCGGUUUCGUUCCUAUUGAAACCGCCGCGUUAGUCGGUGCACUCACAUCUUGCUCCUCCUUCUUCACAGUCAAGUACAAGCAUCUUCUCCGCGUAGACGAGGGUCUCGAUAUCUUCGCUAUCCACGGUAUGGGCGGCUUCGUCGGUGACAUCCUUACCGGCUUCUUCGCCUCGAAAUCCGUGCCUGCGCUCGAUGGCGUAAGCAACGCCUACGAAGGCGGCUGGUGGAACCAAAACUGGAAGCAAAUGGGAUACCAGCUCGCUGCCGCAACUACCUGCGCAGCAUGGUCUUUUGUCAUUUCCAUCAUUUUGCUCUUCAUUAUCAAUAAGAUUCCUCGGUGCCACAUCAGGGCUACCGAGGAAGAGGAGCUGCGAGGUCUUGAUUACAAGUAUUUUAGCGAUGUGGAGGAGGAUUUAGUGGUGCUGAAUGGGUAUGGUGCUGCGAGGUUGGGGACGUCGACUUUGGGCAUGGUGAGUGGCUCAGGGAGUCAUCAGGAUGUUCCUGUUGAUGCUGGGAAGCUGGAUUGAAGAGUAGAUAAGACCAUAUUUAAUUCAUGCUACAGAAA